CGGCUGUUAGGGAGGAGCGGCUGAGGCGAGUGCGCGGCUGCCCCGGUCUCCCUUCGGAAACGGACGGGCUGGCGAGGAAAAGAGAUUAUCUCUCCAAAGACGCCAUGGCACGGCGUUUGCGCAAUAGCAGAGCCUGGCACUAUGUCUUGAGUGGUGUGCGUCGAGAUACAGACCCGCGGGUGGUAGCAUUGGCCUCUGGAGCGCAUGGCUGGGCAUAUGACUCUGAUGGGCAGCACAGCGACUCCGAUUCGGAGCCGGAGUUCCCUUCGCUGUCGCCGUCCAUCCCCACUGCAAUCCCUGUGACUGGAGAGUCCUACUGCAACUGCGAGAACCAGAAUGAAGCUCCGUAUUGCUCUAACCUCCAUGCUGUCCACCGGAUAAAAGACUGUCAGUGUGGUGAAGAAGAUGAAUAUUUUGAUUGGGUGUGGGAUGAUCUGAACAAAUCGACUGCCACGCUGUUGAGUUGUGACAACCGCAAGGUGAACUUCCACGUGGACUACAGCUGUGGCACUGCUGCCAUCCGUGGGAACAAGGAGCUUGCAGAGGGGCAACAUUUUUGGGAAAUAAAGAUGACGUCACCCGUCUAUGGCACCGAUAUGAUGGUAGGAAUUGGGACCUCGGAUGUGAACCUAGACAAGUACCGGCACAUGUUUUGUAGCUUGCUGGGUAAAGAUGAGGACAGCUGGGGCCUUUCCUAUACAGGGCUCCUCCAUCACAAGGGUGAUAGAGUCAAUUUCUCAUCACGGUUUGGCCAAGGCUCCAUCAUUGGGGUGCACUUGGAUACUUGGCACGGAACUCUGACUUUCUUCAAAAACCGGAAGUGCAUUGGCGUUGCUGCCACUAAGCUACAGAACAAGAGAUUCUACCCCAUGGUGUGCUCCACGGCAGCCAAGAGCAGCAUGAAAGUGAUCCGCUCCUGCACCAGCCACACCUCCCUGCAGUUCCUCUGCUGUUACCGCCUCCGCCAGCUGCUUCCUGACUCUGUAGACACGCUGGAGGUGCUGCCUCUCCCCCCGGGACUUAAGCAGGUUCUGCACAACAAACUCGGCUGGGUGCUGAACAUGAACUGUGGCUCCCAGUCAUCUUCUUCCCCCUCUUCGGGUAGCGACUCGGAUAGCUCGUGUAGCUCAGAGGCUGAGGCAUGCCGGCACAAGCGAUGCAGGAGGACUUAAUUUGCAUUUUCUCAAAAGACACGUUGGGGGAAAGAGGAUUCUUCCAUCAAGGGCGGUCCAUGCUGGCAUCCCUCUGGAUAAGGACAAUGCUGUCAGACAGAACCGUUCCUUUGCUCUCCCCAAAGUCCCAGCCCUGGAUAUUUUCUGCUCAGGAAGACAAAAUGACUCCAGCAGCCCUGUCUCCUGAUUUGUCUCAUUCUGUAUCAGGUUUGCCAUCUGUGAUGGAUGCCUCUGCUUAGGGGCUUGAAGAUAGCAACACUGAACAUUGUAUGUGUCUCCAGUCAGAGUUUCGUUACUCAUUAACUGUACCUAGAAAGCUAUCUCCCGUCAGCUGUGUCACUUUCUAACUUUUGCUUUGCAUGCCUGUAACUGCAGCUUCCCUAUUGAUCCAUAUGAAGUAGAAAACACCAACAUUUGAUUAAACUCACUGUAGUUGGGCCACA